AUGCAGCGGCAACAAGGCAUGCCACUCGAUGAGCGUUAUGUUCCCUACUUGCAGAUGGCCGGGUUAUACCAUCUGGCUAGGUUGAACGAUAGAUGGUUUCGGUUAGAUGAGCCCCUUGUCAGCACCUUCGUCGAGCGAUGGCGUCCUGAGACGCACACCUUUCAAAUUCCCUUCGGAGAGUGCACGAUCAUGCUUCAGGACGUGGCGUACCAGUUGGGGUUGGCAGUGGACGGGCGUUAUGUCAGCGGUUGCCUUACAGAUUUCCAUAUGUAUAUCGAGGGUGGACGUCCAGCGUGGGUGUGGUUCGAAGAGUUGCUUGGAGUGAUUUCUCCUCCGAGCCAGGUUCAGAAGUUCGCAGUAAACUGCACCUGGUUCCAGGAGACAUUCGGAGAGUGCCCCGAGGGAGCCAAUGAGGAGACUGUGCGGCGCUUUGCUCGUGCCUAUAUCAUGAUGUUGUUGGGCACUCAGCUGUUUGCCGACAAGUCCAGCAACCGCAUUCACAUCAAAUGGCUUCCCUACGUAGCUAGGCUUGAAGAGAUGGGUUCCUACAGUUGGGGGUCUGCAGCAUUGGCAUGGUUGUACCGGUGCAUGUACCGAGUGGCAAACAGACAUGUGGUGAAGUUAGCGGGCCCACUUCAGCUACUUCAGUCCUGGAUCUUUUGGCGCUUUCCCAGGUUUAGGCCUGCUGGGUAUGAUACGUGCAGCUGGCCUUUGGCAUCGAGGUGGUCAAGUUACAUCCCUUCCUAUAGUGAGAAAGGUCCUAGAGUGCAGAGCACGAGACUAAAGAUAGACAUGUUACAGCCCAGCUCCCCUGAGGUACUUCAAGUUGUGCAUCCAGAGGCGUUGGAGCCUCGACACAUGGCGGUGUGGCGGUCUGUCACAUCACUGAUAUACUUUGCCGUUGUAGAGUGGCAUCAGGUAGAUAGGGUUCUACCGCAGUUCGGUAGUGUGCAGCCCCUCUCGCGUCCCACCCUUAACACCGACUUUCUGAUGUCGAAGGACGGGAGAGGUGAUGAUCGUUGGUUCCCGUCUGCUUUACAGCAUUGGCAUAUUCUUUGGGAGACCCGUGCGGACCACGUCUUCCGGUUUGAUGUUGUUGCUGACCCUGGACCUUCGCACACCUACCUAGACUGGUGGAGUCAGCAUGGAAAGAGGUUCUUGUCACUCGAGUUUUAUCUGGGGGAUCCGAGGGGCGUUCCUAUUCCUGUCGAGGCAUCAUAG